GAAAUUCAACAAACAUGCUUGAUUUCAUUCGCAAUAUCAUCAUUUAGUACAAUUUUAAUUAAGCAAAACUCUAUGACAAUUAGAAUCAAACAAGGCGAAAUUUCUGGAAAAAAGCAGAUUGAGAUCCGAAGGGAGGGAUCCCACCCACGGGAUCAAGCUCCCUUCUUCUCCCUCACGGCUCUUCCCAAAAAUUCCUCUGUUCAGAAAUUACCUAAGGCAAACCCAGAAAAUGUUUUCCCUUUUUCCUUAAGCCGCUGUUGCACUCUCCCAAAUCUGCACUCUCGAACCAGCCCUUCAACACCAGUGACGGAGACACAACUCACCCAAAAAGGAGAACUCCCAAACCAACCCCAAAAUCAACAAAAAUAACCCACAAUCAAACUCCAAACUAUCCCCCCUUUCAAUCUGAUUUUUCUCUAUAUAUAUACCCGAAUAAAAGAUAAAAAUAAAGAUAAAAAAAAGCCUUGCUCUGUCAAUCAAUAUUAAUGCUAAUUUGUCUAGAGCUGCUGUAGCGUGCAGAGGCAGAGCAGCAGGGGUGCAGCAGGG